GAGACGCCGGCCUUAUAUCUCCAAGCGCUCCAGUCGCCUGGCAAGACCAACUGUGUAGCACUAGCAUCCAGCCUCGCCAGAUUCAAGUCCAGGACCAUCAUGUGGUGCAGAGGAACUUCAGGAGUCGUCAAAGUGCCAGGUGCGGUAUCCGGUCAUCUCUGCGUGUGCUCCCUCCUAAAUGUCCAGGGCCACAUGGUGACCAUAUACGAAGAGCAAAACCCGACUCUACGUCCCGAAAUGACCAUGCCCUCGCAUGGUAUCGGCCCCAAGACGUCAGGUCCUCAAUCAAAGACGGGGCCGACUAGGGAAAAAAGAUCGGCAUGGACAUGGGUAGAGUGA